AUGGCCAUGCUCGCCUCCAAGUCUCCCUUUCCCGCGGCGAUGGGCUCGACGCUCAGCCCCAGCAGUGCCCCUCCGUCGGCGCCGCCCACGGCGCGAAGGGUGACCCCCAUGUCUGCCGGCUCGCAGUCCUUUGCGAGCCCGACCGAGUCGGAAUUCUCCGACACCGACACCGACGGCCCCGACUCGGCCAAGAACUGGGACGAGGAUAAAGUCUGCCACUACCUCCAGAGCAUCAACUGCGCCGAGUACGAGAAGCUCUUCCGAAUGAACCACAUCAAUGGCGAGAACCUCCUCGAGCUCGACAAGCGCAUCCUGCAGGAGAUGGGCAUCGAAAAGGUCGGCGACCGUGUUCGCCUCUUCCUCGGCAUCAAGAAGCUCCGGACAAAGGCGUACGCGAAGCAGAAGAAGCGGACUAGGCACUCCUUCGCCGCCCCUGACCUGUAUUCGGCCCUCACCGGCGGCGACUUGACGCGGUCCUCGACGACGCGGACGACGCCGACGUCGGCCUCCUCGAGCAGACGCUUCUCGCGCCAGCUGGAAGUGCCGCCUCCGUUGGACCUCUCCCGCCAUCUGCGAGCGCCGCCGAGCGCCGGCCUCCUGUCCGCACGGGUCCCUUCCUCGGCCGACGGCGCGGCCAACCGUCCGGCGGUGAGCCACACGAGGAACAACUCCAGCAUGGACGGCUCCCUCAUGGCGGCGCUGCCGCACAACCAAGACGUCAUCCGCGUCAUCUCCACCGGCGGCGUCACCAAGGUGGUCAAGAUCGCCAACUGCAACACGUGCGAGGACGUGAUGCGCGUGACGCUCCGCAAGUUCGCCCUCCGCGAGGAUCACGAGCGCAACUACUGCUUCUGGGUCCUCAACGGCGUCGACCCCGACCCCAACCAGUGCCGCCGCCUCGGCGACACGGAGCUCUGGCGGGUCAUCAAGGACCAGCGUCGGCCGGAGCGAAACCGUCUGAUCCUGAGGAGGGUGCCCGCCGGCGAGCCCGGCGAGGCCGAGCUGCAGCGGGCGGCGGCCAUCGCCAUGGAGGAGGAGCAGCAGAAGCACAUCCGCGUCCUCGAGACCGUCGACGAGCGGAGCCAGCGCAAGGUGCAGCGGGUGCUGGGCGAGAAGUGGAACGACCAGCUGCAGCAGCCCCUGUCCCCCAUGUCCUUCCAGGACCGCGAGCGAAACGUGUCCCACGCGGCCAUGGAGCUCGAGCGGCCGUCGACGGAGGACGCGAGGAAGCCGCAGCGGCGCAGGGUCGGCCUCCGCCAGUUCGGCGGGCUGCGGCCCCCCAGCGAGCUCAUCGCCUCGGACCUCACCUCGUACUUCCCCGACCACGCGCGCGAGGACAUCGACCGGACCGCGCGCCUCUCGAUGAGGCGCUCGUCCCGCAUGAGCAAGGUCAACAGCCGGCUCAGCGUCGCCUCGAGCCUCAGCUUCGCCUCGAGCGUCCAGGACGCACCGCCCAUCCCGACCAUCGCCGACUCCUGGCUCAACGGCGGCGGCACCCGCGUCGCCAAGCUGCGGUCCGACUCGCAGGGCCGGCUGCCGCAGGGAUACAACCGAGACUCGAUCGCGUCGUCGAUGCUCGACACCCUCCAGGAGGAGUCGCCGGUCGAGCCGGACCGCAAGUCGUACGUCUCCUUCACCGAGAGCGGCUCCGACACGGCGGCCGUCGGCAACGUCGAGAUGGAGGGCAGCGGCACGCUCACGAGCUACUACGAAGGCAACCACUCGAACGGGUCCGGCUCCUUCCAGGAGCUGCAGCAGGCCCUCACCGACGACGGCGAGGAGGUGGACGAGGAGCUCGAGAGCUUCCUCGCCGGCGAGUCGUGGGACGACAACAAGUGGAUGAAGGGCGCCCUCAUCGGCCAGGGCUCCUUCGGCUCCGUCUACCUCGCCCUCCACGCCGUCACGGGCGAGCUCCUGGCGGUGAAGCAGGUCGAGGCGCCGGCGCCCGGCGCCAACAGCCAGAGCGACAACCGCAAGAAGAGCAUGAUCGACGCGCUCAAGCGCGAGAUCAGCCUGCUGCGGGACCUGCGCCACGCCAACAUCGUCCAGUACCUCGGCUGCAGCUCCUCGGCCGACAAGCUCAACAUUUUCCUCGAGUACGUCCCCGGCGGCUCCGUCCAGACGAUGCUCAACUCGUACGGCGCGCUGCCGGAGCCGCUCGUGCGGAGCUUCGUCCGCCAGAUCCUGACGGGGCUCUCGUACCUCCACGACCGCGACAUCAUCCACCGCGACAUCAAGGGCGCCAACAUCCUCGUCGACAACAAGGGCACCAUCAAGAUCUCAGACUUUGGUAUCUCCAAGAAGCUCGAGGCCUCGAACCUGCUCGCCGGCGCCGGCAGCAACAAGCACCGACCCUCGCUGCAGGGGUCCGUCUUCUGGAUGGCGCCCGAGGUGGUGAAGCAGACGUCGUACACGCGCAAGGCCGACAUCUGGUCCCUCGGCUGCCUCGUCGUCGAGAUGAUGACGGGCAGCCACCCGUUCCCGGACUGCAGCCAGCUGCAGGCCAUCUUCAAGAUCGGCGGCGGCAAGGCGGCGCCGACGAUACCGGAGACGGCGAGCGACGAGGCCCGCGACCUGCUUCGCCAGACGUUCGAGCUCGACUUCAACCUGCGUCCGAGCGCCGACGACCUCAUGCUGCACCCGUUCCUCAGCCCCAUCACCUGA